ACUUGCCGCGUGCGAUGUGCCGCGAACGGAGGCGCCGCAGUCGUCUCCCGGUGGUGACGAGGGUAGCGCGAGCAUAGGCCAGCCGAGCCGAGCCGAGCCGAGCGCAGCCGAAGCCAGCAGCCGGCAGCCGUCAUGCUCGACAUCAAGACGUCCGCCGACUACCUGUCGCGCACCGCCGCGGGCACCUUCACCAACUUCUCCAUGCUCUUCGCUGCCGACACGACGUACAAGGGAUCAUGGACGACGCAUUCGGCAGCGCAGACUCAAGGUUACGGCAGCAACUCGCUGAGCAGCAUGUCCAAGUCGUCCCUGGACCCGCACUCACAUCUCAGGCAGCCCGACCCGUAUCAGAUGUUCGGGCCCACAAGCAGCCGCCUCGCCAGUUCAGGCUCCGGGCAGAUCCAGCUGUGGCAGUUCCUGCUGGAGCUGCUGUCCGAUUCGAGCAACGCCAACUGCAUCACGUGGGAGGGCACCAACGGCGAGUUCAAGCUCACCGACCCGGACGAGGUGGCGCGCCGCUGGGGCGAGCGCAAGAGCAAGCCCAACAUGAACUACGACAAGCUGAGCCGCGCGCUCAGGUACUACUACGACAAGAACAUCAUGACGAAGGUGCACGGGAAGCGGUACGCCUACAAGUUCGACUUCCAGGGCCUGGCGGCGGCGACGCAGCCCGCGGCGGCCGACCCCGCGGCCUACAAGUACCAGUCGGACCUCUUCAUGUCCAGCUACCACCACAGCACCAAGCUCAACUUCAUGAGCCCGCACGCCGCCAUACCCUCCUCCUCGGCGAGCAUCUUCCCGUCGCCGGGCUCGUACUGGAGCAACCCGGGCGCCAACCUGUACUCGAACAUCGCGGCGGCGUCGGGCCACACGAUGACGCACCACCCCGGCCACCUGGGCUCGUACCCGCACUACGCAUGACCCGACCCGGCGUGGGGCCGCGAGUACCGCCGGCUCGCCAUGUAGCCGGCCCCCGCCGCUGCCGCCGGCAGCACCCACUGCCACGCGCCGCCAGACGCGGCUCCAGACUCCGGCAGCCACCGCCGCCGGCAGCUGGACGGCCAGCUGGAGGCUCCGGAGGCGCCGCCCGCGCCCCUGCUGACAGACUGCGUCCAGCCGGCGCACCUGCCUCUGGGCAUGCACAUCAUCGCCGGACUCGCGGGGAACGCCUUCUCGCCGACCGAGGCGGUGCCCGUGGCUAGAAUGAUGGCCGUCUCACAGACAGACGCCAAACUAUGAAGCGACCGAGCCGCAGCCGCGCGCUGUGUACACCUGGCGGGACAGUCACCACCCGCCCCACAGUGGUUGGGACUAUUCUCUGUGGUGCUUAAUUACUCAACUACGUGUAUUUUCCGUAUAGGGCGACACUUUGAAGAGUGCCCGAAAGCGUAAGAAGGUCCAUAACCUCAAUGCGAAACCUAACACAGAGAAAGAAGUCAUUGCAUUAUACUACUUGUCUAAUACACCAAAUUAAUUUCCUGUACGUACUAAAUCAUUUCUAGGCGUAGUCGUCAUGUCCUCCUAAAAGAUUUUAGCUAACGCAGAGGACGGCACAUUUUAAGCCGUAAGUCGACAUUUUCCUUGUAAUCAGAUACGUAAAACUGUCUACGUAUGCUAAUUAAACUACUUAGGAACAAUUCUUGGAGCCACUUACACUCUGCUCCUAGUCGUGAAAUUUUCCUUAUUCUGAACUUGAGUGACUGGUAUAGCCCAUUCAUUGCAAGUAACAAAUCACGAAUAUUUUAGCACUUUGUCCUAUUAUUUUGUAAAAAUCAACUUCCAAACAUCCAUUUGUGGAAAUUUAUGUAUAUAUCAGCAAAGCAGGUAGUCUCGUUUGUAAAUCACGCCCAAUACCAAACCAACUGAUCCAAUAACGCUGCUUGCAAAGUUCUUGUGUGCUUGCUGCUUUUUAUGCAUCAAUAAAUGGUAAAUUAUGUCAUGCUUAAGAGUGUAGCUUACACGGGAUCUCGAAGACAAUACUCAUUUUUAUAGGAUAAGCUAUCUCCGUGCCCCACCUCGAUUUUAUGACAGUUCCUCUUAUUGUUAUACUGUAACAGAGGAAUAAUUUUUGAACUCUUAGAACGAUCGAGGUAUCUAUAACAACGUCUCCACUUGGAUGAAAAUGGGAAAUUGAUUCAGUAAUGUGCCAUGUAGCUUUCUUUGCAACACGCACUGUAGUGCCUCAUAUUUGCCGUGCAGCACGUCUUUUAGGUGGACAUGUUACCAAAACCGACAUGAGCGAAUUUUCCCAUCGAAUUCAGGUUGUUUGGUUUUCGCAAGUCUCUAUAUGUAAUACCGUAAUUAAAAUAAUUCAGUUACCUUAAUGAUACAAGAAAGUAGUAAACUGCAAUGUAAACCCUACAUCAUUGUACUGGAGUUACAAUACACUAUUGUUGUAACAACUUCUACACCAAGUAUUCGAAUUCAUAAACCAAUGCAGUUUCUUCAGACUCUACCGAAACUCAGGAAUUAAUGGGUUUUCUUAAACACUAUAAAUCUGUGUAAUUUACAUCUGAUGAUCAACAGUGUAAAUAUUGUUUCCAGAAACUAGUUGCUAUCGACAUGUUUAAAAUAACUGAUCGAGUGAGACUAAAAUUACCUAAAUCUGACUUUGGGUUGAUGCCUCCUGGUUUCACCCACAUCGUAUGCAACUGAAAUGCAAACGUUAACCUAAGUUCAGUAUAACUACGCGCACGUAUGAGAUUAGAACCUGUUUUGUAUUAUAAUGCUGAGAAAUGUACAUACGUUCACGGUUAUUUUGUGUAAAGAACAUUUGUAACUGAGGUUAUGUUGAACGGUAUGACUGUAUUACGAUCUCCACACGACCCGAAGGGUAUUGUAAAAGUGAAAAUACUCUAGUCAAGUUGUGAUAUAGACACUGGUGCCGCACAUUUCCUAAGAACAUUACAAUAAUAUUGUGGACGUGUGUGCUGUUACAGCGAGAAGAAAUGUACUUUGUAUCAGUGUUGUGAUAUUCUGUGUGUCUUGAUCUUCCAGCUGUUUGUAGUGGCACUGCCAGUGAAUCAAUGGCAUUCUAGUGACUUAAUACCCUGUCUGUUCCACAAGUUCACUGUCACCCUACACACAAAAAGCUGCUUGUGUGAAAAAGUGUCUAGAAGGAUCUCAUUCAUUGUCAACGCUAACUGUUGCCAUGUAUAUAUUAUAUAUAUAUUUAGAGAAAAAUUGUACAUACAUUCCGACAAAUAGUCAGGAGCACACGAGCAAGUAAGACGGUCGUGUGUUCUUGAUGUUGGGUCGUAUCGGUGUUGUAGCGUGCUCAUUGUUUGCCCUGUACCCAGUACCGUAAACACAGAAACCCCUCACGUCGCUUUUUGCGCAUGCGCAGACCGCUAAAGAAAAGUAAAUCCUCCAUGGAUACUUGUUACACGCCGAUAGAAUUGUGAUGUAGAUUUAAAACGAAUCAAAGAAGGAAUGUAAAACGAACGGGAGGGAAGUUCAUUUCAUAUUCUAGUGACUCUCAGUAAAUGUUUUUAUUUAAUGUAGGAGCAGUCAGUGAAUGAAAUGUCUCUGCGUCCUUCCAGACUGAUGAUAGCCAAUCUUCCAGUGAGAUUUCUGUUCGUCAUUUGUUUUCAGGACUAAUAGAAUGAGUUAUUCCUUGUAUUUACCGCCAGAGACUGGACUGAUAUCUGACUGCUGUCUACAUCCUCUUCUAGAAGCAGCUAGCCCUUUGUGAUCUCAUUUUUUAUGAUUUAAUUGUAAACAAUGUGUAACACUGAGUUACAUCGUCGACACAUUCCUGUCUUUCACUCUAUUCUAGUCAUCUAAAUGCUUAUUUUUUUAAUUAUUUGUUAACGGACGGCUGAUAAAUGGAAAUGCGGUACAAAUAAACACGAGCAAAAAACUUCAUUUGUUAAUCGUCUAACAAUUUAUGACUAGGUUGAAGAUGAUAAAGUACAUGUCGUCUGUAUGAGGACGUACUGUAUCAUCGCACCACUGAAACACCGUUUUCGUGGUAGUAUCCUGAUUAAUCACGGAAACCUGAAGUUGAGUUGUUGAGAUUUUAUUUAGUCCCAGUCAUGUCAAACCUUACGUCGAACGCCUCACCUUUUGUGGUUUAUUUUUAUGCACUACCUUCCGAUUAAGCGCCCUAUUUUUAAAAUUCGUUUAAAAUAAAACAAUAUAGAUUCGAUAACCAUUUGCCAAGGUAUGUCGCUACUUCUUCACCACGUAGGUCCUGCUACUAAACUCACCUCCUUUCGCUCCUUUGACAUUCAUGUCGUACCUGAAGGGAAAUUAAGAGUCAGUAACAGCUUCUACUGACAUUUUUGGUUUGCAGCAAAUGACCCUGGAGGAAGAAAGGUAUUGGGCAUUUGAUAACUGAUUUUUAUUACCGAUUUUCUAGUAAAGCGUCCUUGUCGUAUCCGGGCAAAAUUUAAUCGGCAGUUGCUCUCCCAUUAGACGGAGAGCUCUUUUGAAGCAUCUGCAUAUCGUCAUACCUUUCAACUCACAGUCUUAUCAUAUUUCAGAAAAGUACCGGAAAGUACGCUAAGAAAAAGGUUUUUGCUAACGGAGACUCCUUUUGCCAAAAUAUAUAUUUUGGCAGUCGGCACCCACAAUAUUGUUAUUUUGCGCGUGACGCUGUAACUAGAGUCCCGUAACAUACGAGACGUUUCACUGCGUUGCAGAAAGAAAACUUCUCUCUACUUAGGAGUGUGUCACUGGCAUGAUCCUUCCUGAAAUAUUUAGAGUUUAUGCAAAAGUAGGAUUUGAGCCCACUCUCAACCUGUCAAGUGAAAUCUUCUAUAAGAGUUUUAUCCUAAAGUGAACGUUGCGAUCAUGGUUUACGGAGCUUUAAUCUAUCGGGUGGCUGAUUUAAUUUGGUAAUAGUUUGGUAGUCCCGUCCGUAAGUACAUCGACAUGAAUGUUAAGUGUCAGAGUAAGAGUUUUUGGCAGCUAUUUCACAAAUGACAUGUACAGGCCGUCCAUUUAUUUUUACACAAGACACAUUUUCACAUAAAUACUGAAAAAUGAUUCAAAACUACUAAUAGAGUUUCUUGUCCUUAUGAGGUGGCUGUAAGUAGCUAUAGUUAGUUCUCGCAACGACGUAUGAAGUCUUAGACCACGUUCGUGUCACUGAAGACGUGAAACGGUGACUGCUGAGAAGACGAAACUGUUCCUUUAUAAUAAAGUCUAAAGUCACAGCACGUUCGAUCACAUUAACGCGUCGUAAGGCUUUCUUCUUUUAGUCAGUAUACAAAAAGCUGCAGUCACUUAUCAGAGAACGUGAACAAUUAGCGGAAGCAGCCAUGAUAGCAGCCAUACACCGAAAUUUCCACUAUUUAGGUUUUUGUUGGCAGCACCAGCUCAGACACGGUGUACUCGGCGGGCUUUUGCAAGGUAAGAUGUUUUAAUAAAAGAGAACACGGUGUUAAGCACUUCUUAUGCAGUAGAACAUAAAGGUAUCAAAAACAAUAGUGGAUUAUCACGUGUAUAGAAUUUACUGUAAGUGAAUGUACUUUCUAUUCGCUAAGUUUCGAAAACCAAUGCUACAAAUCGAUGGUGACAUUUCGAAGCUCCAGUCUUUGCUAUUUCAGCGAAGGAGUGAAAGGUUACUUUCUGUAACACUGAGCCUCUACCUACAGAAAUCAAUACUUGUGAGGCUCACUCCAACUGGAGCGUUUCGUCACCUGUAUUUGCAAUGGUGUUCUGUCAACCUCAGUCACGUAUUCGCGAUAUAUCAGUGCUUUCCUUUUUUUAAAAAAUGGUUCCUUUGAAAGUAGACAGUGUUCUCUUUGUGGAUGCGGUUUGCUGGCCAUUCGCUUUCAUUACCUCGCGUCACAAGUUUCGCCCCCGCGAUGGCGUCGCGUGUCAGAACGAUCGGCCGCGUGUUUGCCCAGGCCCGCGAUGUGGGAUGCGGGAUGCGGGAUGUGGCCGGUAGGCGCCGCGACCGCGACACGCUGUUGCGGCUUCCGCCGGCCGGAUCGGCGCGUUAAAGCUCCGCGGAAAUCGCCGGCCGCCCACACAUCACAUCACUGCGCCCGUGUCCGCUGUCCGGGCUGCCCGCUUCUUCAAACCCUUCACACGGAUUACAGCUCUGUCCAGUGGAGGUCCGUAGUUAACAACUGCCAAAUACACAGUGUCUACGUGCAUAGCCUACCAGUAAAAAUUCGAUACGUAACAGGUUUACGUUAAUUUCCUGUCUUCACUCUUUUUCUCUUUAUUGCACAGGUUUGUGAUCCCUGCAACUUUUUCCCCAAUCUGUACAAGUCUCUUUACCCCCUCAUCCUCCAUACCUUGGCCUCACCAAUGAACUUCCUUCUUCCCCUCAUUGUUUUAUCUUUCCAUUUUACAAAUAAGGCGAUGCGUUCUGGUGGUUAGGGCAAGAGCAUGAAUUAUUUAUCGUAGCGUUCCACUUGCGCUGGCUUCUGUAAGUUGCUCCCCAUACGAGGGGCACUCACAGAUAUUUGAUUAUCAAGUCAACAAAAUAUUUAGGCAAUUAUAUUUUUGUUUAUAUGCAGAAACAAAUCACAAUUCCUCGUACUCAUUAAAAUUCCCGCGACAUAAUGCCGUUUUACGCCGCUAGAGGAACGAAACCAACAUGGUGCUGCCCAUCAAUAGGGUGAUGUAUCGUUAUCAUUAUCUCCUUUCAAGGGUUAGGUGUUGUAAUCACUUUUGUCUAUCAUCCAUCCAUCUCUUAGGAGGUCUACACAAUUCUCUCUUUCCAGGCGACCGAUAAUUUAUUAUCGUUUUGGCAAUCUGUUUUCUAUCAUUCUAUCAUCAUAGCCCUCCCAUUUCAUUCUAUUCUGUAUUGUCAUUAACGGAAAUGAUUUUUAAAUCUGAUCUUAUUGUUUCAUUCCUUAUUUUAUCCAUUUUAUCACAGCCUCUUACCUAUCUCAUAAAAUUCAUCUUUGCUGCUUGUAUACACCAUUUUUCUUUUUCUGUUACCGGUGGUGUAUCGCCUGCUAAUUCGUCUUUGGCGGCUGUGGAAAUGCUGUAACCCUGUCGGGGCAAUCCAGAUGACUUCUUUAUCCGUUUGGUUUGGCCUGCCACAGUUCUAGCAUCUCCGCUCGAUUCAGGGGAUAACAAAGUGUGCCGCGAAUGCUGACCUGUUCCUGCAAAUAAAGUAACAGCUGAUAACGUAACUUUAUUUUCUCGAGGUAGUAAUUAUAAAUUUGACUAUCCGUCACAUAUCAUUCCCGGCCAAUAAGACUCUUCAACAGCCACAAAACAAAAGCUUUCUUUCACUCUCACUGGGUGAGAACAUUCGAAGUUAACCAGUUUCUCUCACUAGCUUCUAUUUUCUAAGCUUGAGAUACUUUACUCUUUAGUGUUCGUACGUUUCUCUUACACAAUACUGUAAAACAGUCUAAAUAUCUGUCACUGGAAACUUCAGCCAAUUUCCCUUAAAGCCUCACCGCAGCCUUUUGUUUGCAUUCUGUCUGACUAUUUAUGUCGUUAUUCUUACAGGUUUUAUCCACUUGCCACAUCUUUAAUGAAUCAGGUGAUACAUUUUCAUCUAACGUGACAACCGCACUUUAUUCCACACGUUGCCUCUACUAUCACCAAAAAAGCCAUUUAUUUUACGUUAGCCACCUUCUGAAAUUUCCAACUGCCGUAUUUUCUAAAUUCUAUCUAUUGUCGAACUCUUUUGUUGUCUAUAGUCCCUCACAAGUGACAACCAUUCUGAUUCGCUUACCUCCUCGGAUUCUUUACGGAUCUUCACCAUCAACCAUGACCGAGUUAUUUGCAAAAAAAAAAAAAAGAAAAAAAAGCCAAAGAACUCAGAGUAUUGUUAUUGUGGUCUUCAGUCCAAAGACUACUUUGAUGCGACUCAUCCCGCUAUUCUAUCUCGUGGAAGAAUUUUAGCUCCGAAUAACUACUACAAUUAACACCCUAUUGAACGUACAAUAUUCGUCUCUUGCUCUCACCCUGCAAUUUUUACCGCUCCCCUCCCCUCCCAGGACCACACACACACACACACACACACACAUUUCUCCCCAAUACUAAAUUGAUGAUUCCUUGAUGUCUGAGAAUGAGUUAUAUUAACGAAUCCCUCCUUUUAGUCAAAUGAUACAACAUUUUUUUUAUCUCCAAUUUAUUCAGUACCUUGUCGUUAGUCACACAAUAUACCUUCUAAUCUUCAGCAUUUUUCUGUAGCGUCACCUUCCAAUAGCUUAUAUUCUCCCUACACACCAGACAAAUACUUUGUGAAAAAGACUUACAAACACUUACAUUUACAUGCGCUAUUAAAAAUUGUUCUUCUUCAGAAACGCUUUUCUUGCCUUUGCCGUUUACAUCCUCCAUACUUCGGGCAUCAUCAGUUAUUUUAUUGUUCACGUUGUAAAAGUCUUGCAAUACUUUUAGUGUGCCAUUUCCUAAUGUAAUUCCGUCAGCACCGCCUGACGUAACUCGACUACAUACCCUUAUCCUUGUUUUGCUUUUGUUAACGUUCAUCUUAUAUCCGCCGUUCAAGACACGAUCCAUUCGGCUCAGCUGCAUUCCUAAAUCCUUUGCUGUCUUUGACAUCUUUACAACACCGUCAGCAAACCUCAAAGUUUUUAUUUCUUCUUUGCGGACUUUAAUUCCUUCUCCAAAUAUUUCUUUGGCUUCCUUUACUGUAUGCCCAAUGUACAGUCCCCAUACUAGCAUCAAAUCAGCAGACCGUUUCGCGUACGUAAUCAUUUGUGGUGCAAGCGGAGUUAUUUUAUUUGUCUGUAAUUUAGGUGCCGCAUUUCCAUUUAGUCUCGAUUGCGGUCAGUAUCCUGCAUCGUAUUGAGUUCCUCGUGUUUAUCUGAUAAUAGCCAAAGAAGCAUUACAGUCAUUAGUUUGUCUCUUCAGUAUUAUAUGCUAUACUCCAGUGUGAUUUGCCCGUCUCAAGUGUUGUGCAGCGAUUACGCACGCCUCCUCACAGAGGCGUGUGUCUGGACCCUGCAGUUUCUCCUGAAGAUGAGAACGGUGGGGGUCGCUGCAACUGCGAAUACUGGCGAGACGUAAGCUGGCAGCAGCGUCGCAUGACUACUGUUCUGUCCACGGGGAGGCGGGCGAAGGACAGCAGGCCAGCGGGCGCCCGCGGGUAGUAGGUGUCUGCUGCAGCGGGUUCCCGAGGGUAGCAGGUGUCUGCUGCAGCAGAGCGCCGGGGCGCUGCCAGCCAAGACGCCGCUGCCCGCUGUCUGCACGACUCAGGUCACGCGGUGGCCUCAACCGGCGUAUACGCUGUACAUAACCCAAUAGUAUCUUUGUGAUUUUUAAUGUGUAAAUGUUAUGUAUAUGCUGUUAACCAAAGAAAUUGGCAUAGAAAUAACCAUAAAAAACCAGCAUUAUUUGGUUUUGUAAAAUACAGUGUGU